AUGUAAAAAUAUCAUUAAAGAUAAUCAAAAAGCCCUUUAACUAAUAAUAAAGUCAUACGAACUAAAACAUAACAUACAAGCAAAGAUGAAUCUAUUAAUAUAGAUAAUAGCAUUAAAGAUUAAACAUUAGAAAAAUUAUUUUUACAAUUAGAUCAAUUAAGAAAAAGGCAUGAAUAAGAGAAAAAAGAAAUGAGUGAUUCUUUCAAUUAGUAAAUUUAAAUAAAAAGCAAUUAACUUUAAAAAUCACUUUAGGAAUUCUAACAAAAGAAUUAACUUUUAGAAUCAUUACUAUUUUAAGAACAAGCUAAGACUAUACAUUUAACUAAAAUCAUUUAAGAAAAGUAAAAGUCUACAGGUCAUGAUUAAGAGAAAGAACAAUAUAAAAAUAAAAUUUAACAAUUAGAAAUAAUAUUAUAGGAUUCUUAACGAAAAAAUUAAAUAAUACCAAAUAAAUUUAUUUAAAAAGACACUUCAUUUAAAAUACUUAUAGAAAUAAUAAAUAAAGUAUCUGUUAACAUACUACAUCUUAUUAAAGAGAAGAAUACAAAUAUAAGUUGGAUUGAUUAAGAAAUAUUAGAAAUAGAUAUCUUAAAAUAAAAGGAUUUAAAUAAAUCUUUAUUAAAACUAAAUACAAUUUUUGAUAAGUUUUUUGUUUAAUUAUAAGAAAGAGAAAAAUUAUCCCUAUCUCCUUAUAAAAUUAGUACUAAAAACAAUAAUUAAACAAUUAAUUCAGAAAAAACAACUAUUCCAAUAUAAAAGCCUAAGAUAAAAAUGAUUAACUCUGAAACAUAAACAAAAGAAAUUUAGAAUAAAAUAAGUAAAUUUUAAUAAACAGACAAAAUUGAAUUUAAAUCAAAAUUAACUUAAACUGAUUUUUUAAUUGUUGAAAAUGAAGGGAAAAUUGAACAAAACUUUGAAAAAUAAAAAUUACUUCGAGAACCUUAAAAAUAAUAAACAAUUAAAGAACAAAAAAUAAUAAAAAAUUAUAGAAUUUAAUAAUAAAUUUCAAUUUCUAUGCAGUUGCAAAGUUCUAAUAGAGCUUAAUAAAAAGCAAAACCUAAACUUAUAUCAACUGAAGUAUAAACAGAUCAAAUUUAAAAUGAAUAACAAAAGGUUGCAUUUGAUUAAAAUAAGCAUUAUUCAAAAAUUACAGAGUAGGAUGAUGAGGAAAAUGAAUUCAGCAAAGAUUAAAGUAAAAGAAAUAAUUCUUAAUAAAUUGAAAAAGGAGAUAAUAAUGAAGUUGACUCAAGUUUUGAUUGCAAUAAACCUGAUUAUGAUUCGGAAUAAGAAAAUGAUUAAAAAUAGUUAGAAAAAUUAAAGACAGAAUGUUAAUAAUAACAAAUAAGUAUUAUUAAUUUAUAAUUAACUUUGAAUCAAUUACUUUAAUAAUAAAAUUUGUUUUAGUUUGAUAACUUAAUAACUAGUGAACAUUGUUCUUUGCAAGAUUUAAUUAUUAAUAAAUGGAGUAUUAAACUAAAAGAUCAUAAUGCAACAUUAAAAUAUUCAAUUGGUAUUUUAAGUUAAAACUAAACUUUUUUAAAAAACAUUAUCAAAUCAAUUUAUGGAGUAGAGUAAUAAAUAUAGUUUGAUUUGCAUUAAAUAGCAAUUUAAUAUUAUGAUACUGGAUUUUAAGAGAAUUAUAGAUUAGAUGUUAUUUUAAAGUAACUUGAAUUUCCAUCUUAAUUUUUGAUUAAUUCUACAAAAAUAUAAGAAAGGCAAGAAUUCUAACAAUUUUGGAUAGAUUUUAUGAUUUAACAAUGCAAUUUAUUUAUCUAUAUGGUUAAAGACUUUAAUGAAAAUGAUUAAAGAGUGAUAACAUAUCUUUAGAAUAAAAACAAAAAAGUAACUAUUAUUUCUUAUGACUUAAAUGAUUAUAUAAUUGACAAUUUCAGUGUAUUCAAUAAUUAUAAAUAUAACAUAGAUUAUUAAAUAAUAAAGAUUUAAAACAAUCAAAAUAUUCUAUAAUCAUUAUGGAGAGAUAUUUUAUAAUCUGAAUGGGAAUGGGAGGAAAUAAAUGAAUCUAUUUUAGUUUAAUUACAAUAAUUCAUUUGCAAUAUAGUAGAAAAUGAAGAUUGCAUUCAUUUAUAAAUUAAAGAAGAUGGAAUUUUUGAAAUAUCAUUAAUGAUUGAUUAGAUUACUUAUGAUUAUUUAUGGAAAAUUCCUUAUGUAAAGAAUAAGGAAAUUAAAAAUAAUGAAAUUGAAUUAUUUCUUGAAUUACCAGAGAAUAAAAAGAUUUUAGAAGUAAAAUGCAUAGGAAAUCAAAUUUUAAUAAUAAUUGAUAGAUUCAUAUUGUUAGAACAAUAUGAUCAACUCAUAUAACUAAACUCAAUCAAUAAUAAUUUAAUUUUAUUAACAAUAAUUUAAUGA